UUCGCCGUUCAGAGGCCAAAGUGUAUGUACUGUAACUAAAACAACAAUCACAACAACAAAAAUACCUACUAAAUUUCAUGGCAUAAAACAUGAAAGGGAGUGUUGUUUAAUGUAAUUUAAAAACAUGUGCGAACACACAUACGUAUGUACAUAUGUACGAGUUUAUAACAGAACCAGCUUAUGACCAGUGAAAUGUGAAUAUCAUUUUUAAACGAUCGUUAUGCUUUUCUAAUGCCUUGGCGGAGUAAAAUGAAAUGAAAGCAGUGCGUGGGGCCAGAAAAACUCAUUAUGCCCGAAAACUUUGUGAAUCCCAGCGCCUCGGCAGCGCCACAAGGACGCUCAUAUGCGCCGCGCUCCUACUACGAUGCUGGCACGGAGUGUACAGUGGGCACGGAGUGUACACCACUGCACGAUUGCACAGCGAUGAUUUACGAAGUGGCGAAGCGAUGUUAUUACGGUGAUAAAUCACUCUUUUGUGGUGGUGGCGAAGAGAUGCCUUACGUCUGCUGUCCGAGUAGUCCGCUGGAAAAGAAUCAAGUGUGCGGUAAAUCGCUGGUGCAAGGACACUUUUAUCGGGGACUCGGCACACAUCCUUUCGUGGCACGUGUGGGUUUCAAACAUAUCAAUACAGGCGCUUUUGCAUAUCCUUGUGCGGGUUCGGUCAUUGCGAGGCGCGUUAUUUUAACGGCAGCCCAUUGUGCUCUAGCCAAAGCAGAAGGACAUCGACUCUCUUCGGUGCGUGUCGGCGAGUAUGACACGUCCAGCGAUCCGGAUUGUGCGAGUACAGGAUUUUGCGCGCCUCGCUCCGUCAAUCACGCGAUUAGCCAUGUGAUCGUGCAUCCAGACUAUAAACAGGGCCAGUAUCAUCAUGACAUCGCUUUGUUGGUGUUGAAAACGCCACUCAACUAUUCAGUCGCCACCCAGCCGAUUUGCCUGCAAAAAUCCCGCACCAAUUUGGUUGUUGGCAAGCGUGCCACAAUCGCCGGCUGGGGUAAAAUGUCCACCUCUAGUACGCGUCAACCGGAAAUGGCACAUUUGGAUGUGCCACUCACCAGUUGGGACUUAUGUUUGCGUAAUUAUGGCUCAACCGGCGCACUGGAAUCACCCAACUCCAUCGAAGGACAAUGGAUGUGCGCGGGUGGUGAGGGCAAGGAUGUGUGUCAGGGUUUCGGUGGUGCGCCGUUAUUUAUACAAGAAAAUGGCAUUUACUCGCAGAUUGGCAUCAUGUCAUUUGGCUCAGAUAAUUGCGGUGGUUUGCGUAUACCGAGCGUUUACACAUCCGUGGCGCAUUUUGCCGAAUGGAUACACGACAAUACGCCGCCGGAGUAAGGAGACAGAGAGAGAGAGCGAGAGAGGAAGGGAAAAUAUUAAUUACAUUGAAGAAAAAAAAAAUA